AUGGCUAAAAUGGAAAACAUACAUGAUGCCGAACACAAGCACAAGAAGGUUAAGUUUGGUUUGCGUUCCGAAGACGUUCCCGCUCAAUUCCGCGAAAUGUUUAUUUGCUCUGGUUAUCGCAAACCUUACGGUUCCGCUUUGGACUGUGUCAAAAGUGCUUUUCAGCUGCGAAACGAAACCGUCAACGUUUGGACGCACUUUGUUCCGUUUCUGCUUUUUCUCGUACGCUUCGCGUCCUUAUUUUGGAAGUACAGCAUCACCGACACUUACGUCUACCCUUUGCUGUCGUUCGCUAUUGGAAUAUGUGGAUUUUUGUUGAUGAGUUCUGGCGCUCAUCUGUUCAAUUCCAUGUCUCCUAGAGUUCGCCACAUUUGUUUCUUCUUCGAUUAUGCAGCGAUAAGCGUGUACAGUGUUGGAGCAGGACAAGCAUUUUAUUUCUACAGUCGCUCGUUGGAUAGCGAUAAAAUGCUCUUCAGUUCUUCGACCAUUUUUCUCAGCGUUUCUUGUCUCAUCUCUGUUUUGUCAACUGCCAUUUGUUGCGCCUCUCGACACCGAUGGUCAAAGAUGAAGUACGUUAUUCGAACUUUUUGCUUCGGGGUCGCAUUUCUGUGCAAUAGCGCUCCAUAUUUGCAUCGCCUUCUGGUGGAACCGUCUGCUACACUCGAAACAGAGCACGAGCAACUGGCGUUUUCCUAUUUCAUGAGGCAUUGCUACUUCUACCUUAUUUCAGCUUUGGCAAACAUGUCCAGGAUGCCAGAGAGAUUAAUGCCAGGAGUUUUUGACAUAAUAGGACACAGCCAUCAUUUCCUACAUGUUUUUACAGCCCUUGGUUCCGCCGACCAGUUUACAGCCAUUCAGAUUCAAAUGGAGUCGAGACGCAACGAUUUGGAGCGCUUUCCAGUAGCAACUUUUGCGAACAGCUUAGGUUUAAUGGUAGUAAUUUGUUUAAUUAAUUGUGGGAUUGUGUUAAGGUUUGGCAGUAAGCUACGAUCAGAUAAGGAAGAAGAGCAUAAGGAAAUUUAA